GGCGAGCGCGCCAAGAGGCUCGCGCGCCCUUCGAACGACGCGCGCGCCAGCAGCAAACGGCCUCUGUCCCCCGGGCGCAUCUUUCAAGCCGCCUCAGGUGCGCGGGAGCCGGAGGCCGGCGCGGCGGAGGCAGCUGCGGUUGCUAGGCAGCGAGGUGUGGGCGGCGCGAGGCGGACAGGGGGCGGGGCUCCCGCAUCCCAUCUCCGCCUGAGAGCGCUGCUUGCUGUUGCUGCUGCUCUUGCCACCGCCGCCGCUGCACCUGUGAGUCGGUGGCCGCCUCAUCCAGACGCGCGGGGAAGCUGCUCGGUGCCGCUUCUGCGCCACGAUGGCUGGGGCCGCUGGCGGUGUCCAUCCUCCUCGGCCGGAUACAGCUGGGUGCUGGCGGUGCCUCCCUGGUGCCGAGCUCGGGCGGAGGCGCCUGCCGCUUCUGCUGCUUUCUCUGCUGUUGCUGCUUUGGGCAGGCGCCGCUACUCCGGGAGAGGAGCUGCACGCCUGCAAAGAGUCUGAAUACCAUUAUGAAUACACAGCAUGUAACAGCCAAGGCUCCAGAUGGAGAGUAGCUGUGCCGCACAACCCAGGACUCUGCACCGGCUUGCCAGACCCCAUCAAAGGCACAAAAUGCUCAUUUUCCUGCAAAGCUGGCGAAUUCUUGGACAUGAAGAACCAGUCAUGCAUGCCGUGUGCAGAGGGCACAUAUUCUCUGGGCACUGGCAUCAGGUUCGACGAGUGGGAUGAGCUGCCCCAUGGUUUUGACAACAAAGCAACCAACCUUGAAAUUGAUUACAGCUUCUCAGAGUCCUUGGGAAACUGCAGCCUGUCAACGUGGAGUCUUAAGGGAGAUUACAUUGCCUCCAACACAGACGAGUGCACAGCCACUCUGGUGUAUGCUGUUAAUCUGAAGCAAUCUGGCACCGUCUCCUUUGAGUAUAUCUACCAAGACAGCAGCAUCGUCUUUGAGUUCUUUAUUCAGAAUGACCAGUGCCAGCCAACCGUAGAGGAGUCACGAUGGAUGAGAACCACAGAGAAAGGGUGGGAGACGCACACUGUGGAGCUGAGUCAGGGCAACAAUGUUCUGUUUUGGAGAACGACAGCCUUCUCUGUGUGGUCCAAAACUCCCAAGCCUGUGUUGGUGAGGAACAUUGAGAUUACAGGAGUAGCCUUCACUUCUGAAUGCUUUCCCUGCAAAGCAGGCACCUACACAGCCAAAUUAGGUUCUUCCUUCUGCCAGCCAUGCCCAGCAAACUCCUACUCCAGCAAAACAGCUACUUCCUGCCACCAGUGCGAGCCAGCAAUGUACUCAGAACCAGGUUCAGCAUCAUGCAAGCCACGCCCAGCUUGCACAGAUAAGGAUUAUUUUUAUACUCAUACAGCCUGUGAUACCAAUGGAGAGACUCAGUUAAUGUAUAAGUGGGCCGAACCAAAGAUCUGCAGCGAGGAGCUCCCCGGUUCUGUAGAAUUGCCUGCUUCUGGUGUAAAAACUACAUGCCCACCUUGCAAUCCUGGUUUUUUCAAGACAAACACCAGUUCCUGUGAGCCCUGCCCAUACGGAUCAUAUUCAAAUGGGUCUGGUUGCAUCAACUGCACCGUUGGGACUGAACCAGCUCUAGGCUUUGAAUACAAAUGGUGGAACACGCUGCCAGCAAACAUGGAGACGACGGUCCUCAGUGGAACCAGUUUUGAAUAUAAGGGAAUGGCAGGGUGGGAAGUAGCUGGUGACUACAUCUACACAGCAGCAGGAGCCUCUGACAAUGACUUCAUGAUACUGACACUGGUGAUUCCUGGGUUCAGUUCCCCACAAUCGGUGAUGGAGGACUCCGAAAGUAAAGAGAUUGCAAGAAUCACAUUCGUCUUUGAAACGAUCUGCAGUAUGAGUUGUGAGCUUUAUUUCAUGGUGGGUGUCAAUUCCAGAACCAACACACCUGUGGAAACCUGGAUUGGCUCGAAAGGAAAGCAAUCCUACACCUACAUCAUUGAAAAGAACGCCACCAUGAGCUUCACGUGGGCCUUCCAAAGAACAGCAUACCAUGAGCCGGGAAGAAAAUACACCAACGAUGUUGCCAAGCUGUACUCUAUCAAUGUGACCAACGUCAUCGAAGGCGUAGCGUCAUACUGCCGGGUGUGCGCUCUGGAAUCCUCGGGCUCGUCCUGUACUUCCUGCCCACACGGCCACUACAUCGACAGAAGCACUGGGGGCUGCUACCCGUGUGCAGCAAACACGUACCUGAAAGCUCACCAGCCCUAUGGCAGCCAGGCCUGCAUCCCUUGUGGCCCCGGCACAAAAAACAACCCGAUCCAUUCUCUUUGUUACAGUGACUGUCACCUCUCAGUCAUCGCGGACGGCAGGACUCUGGAGUAUGACUUCUCAGCACUGUCUAAUAGCACCUCCUUUUUGGUGGGGCCCAGUUUUACCACCAAAGGGCUAAAGUAUUUUCACCACUUCAACAUCAGCCUCUGUGGGAAUCAUGGAAGGAAGAUGGCAACCUGCACGGAUAACGUCACAGACAUGCACAUCCUGGGCAAAGAGACAGAGUUCUCCAAAUCAACUUCCUCCUAUGUAUGCCAGUCCAUCAUUGUCCCCUCUGAUGUGAUGGCUUACAAAUCAGUGGUGUCUUCACAACCCGUGAGCCUGGCAGACCGCUUUGUAGGAGUAACAAGGGAGACCACUCUGGACAACAUCACUUCUUUUCCUGACUAUUUCCCUGCAGAGAAUGUGGGCUUACCGGAUGUGAUAUUUUUUUACAGAUCCAGUGAUGUGACUCAGACUUGUAGUGCUGGGAGAGCUACUGCCAUUAGAGUGAGAUGUGAUCCUCUAAAACCCCACUCUGGAGUGCUCUCUGUGCCGAGCAAGUGCCCUGAAGGAACCUGUGACGGAUGCACUUUCCAUUUCCUGUGGGAGACCGUUGAAGCCUGCCCCCUCUGUUCUGCAGAUGACUACCAUGCUAUCAUCAGCGCCUGUGUUGGAGGGAUUCAGAGAACCACGUAUGUAUGGAGGGAGCCCAAGCUGUGUUCAGGAGGCAUUUCGCUCCCAGAUCAAAAAGUCAGCAUUUGCAAAUCCAUGGACUUCUGGCUCAAAGUGGGCAUCUCGGCGGGGACUUGUGCUGCUAUCCUGCUGACUGCAAUGACUUGCUACUUCUGGAAGAAAAACCAGAAGUUGGAGUAUAAAUAUUCCAAGCUGGUGAUGAAUUCCAGUGCCAAGGACAGUGAGCUGCCAGCUGCUGACAGUUGUGCCAUUAUGGAGGGGGAAGAUGCAGAGGAUGACCUGAUAUUCACAAGCAAGAAUUCUCUCUUUGGCAAAAUAAGGGCUUUCACCACAAAGGCUUCUCUUAGGUACAGUCAGGCAUGGCAGGAGUCUGUGUGUAGGGCUGUUCUCAAUAAGCUAAGAGGAGGAGUCUUCCAGAGAACAUCUGAUGGCUUUGACUCGGUCCCACUGAAGACCUCCUCUGGCACCACUGACAUGGAUCUUUAGGAAUGGAUUGCCCACCUCCCAUGCCUUUCCUGCAGGAUGCUUUGGGAGUCCUCCUUGGUUAAUCCCUGCACUUUGAUGAACUUGCCAUGUGGCCUUAUUGGAUACACUUUUAACUUCAGCUUCUUACUGUACUUUUUUAAAACCGAAAAUUUUAACAUUCCCUCCCGAAACAAAACCAUGCCAAAUACAACUGUGCUUUUAAAAUUAUAUGUAGAUAUAUAUUUGUAUGUUUUCCUGCGCUCCCUACCCACUCUUCUGUAAUGCUUUUGGGUUUUACCUUUCAACAACAGUUGUUCUAUGCUGGUGACAAUAGCUGCAUUUCCUCUCUCCCCUGACACCAGAAAUGUGUAAAACAGCUCAAGAUAUCAUUGCCAUUAAUUAAGUCAGCCCAUUGAGACAGGCUCUUAAGGCUGCAAUCCUUACCUGAGGGAAGUAUGUAUGCACACAGCUGCUCUGUAAAUGUUCGUUUCAUUUUAACACCAACUUGACUUUCAAAAUACUUUCUCUGUGUACUAAAGCAGCAACAGUAUUUUGUCAAACAGUGGUGAGGCUUGCCUGCCUCAUUAAGAACCCUUCAGAAGAGAUACAAUUUGGGCUCAAAUUGCAAAGUUCUGCACUCCGCCAACCAGCCUCACUUUUAUAGGAUGACUGUUUCUUAUGCCAGAGCAGUCUGCAAUGACUUUGCAAGUGACAAUUCCAUUAAAGGCUCCCUAAAUUCCGUCAUAGUAGAAUCUGCAUGUGGUUAAGGCUGGAAGGAGUAUACUUCAAUCAUUUAGAAAGGGUAUGAUUUAAACAUUGAAAAGAUUAUGGCCCAGAGUAGCUGGAUUUUCCUCGUCUGUUUUUAUAGCGAUGACUUAUGGAGAAAUGCUGUGCAGUCUUGCAUCUUGUUUGUAGACCUUUAGUUUUAAAACAAUAAGGGAAUCAUUUAUCCCUGUGCUGACUUUCUCCAAUACUUGAAAACCCUUAUCCUAGGAUAUUGAGGCAGGAGGUGUUAUUUUUUAUGUGACUUCAGAAUUUCCAUCCAGGAAAAUGUGUGCCUAUUGUCCGUGCCCCAUUGGAACACUUUCCUUUGGAGGAACAAAAGUAUAAUACUUUACACAGUAUCAAGAAUCAGGCAGAACUUCCAGCAGAAUUAUCCUGCAUGAACACCAGAAGAAUUAAUACUUACUUCUUUUCAAGUUAUGUGAAUUACAGGUGCUAGAUCUGUGGCUGUGAUUAUCAAGUAUGCCAUGGCAAAUAGAGGCUGGAGAAUUACAGUCAAUCAUUUCCCUGUCAGGCCCAAGGAUGAGUGGAAAAGCUUUUAGAAAAAAAGCUCUCGACCAUGAAUUACAGAAUUCAGCUUAAAGCAAAUCCAGCUCCUCAACUUUCACUGGGGAAAUAGGUAACAUGUUUAUCAUUUUAUGCAAUUUCCUUGCCUGAUCUUUAUCCAGAAAUAUCCCUUCCUACCCCUGGACAGCCCUCUGUUGCUGUUUUUUUUACAAUUCUUCCUCAUGUAAUUUUGUGCAGGCCUAGGCAUGCAGAUUUUUUAUUUGGCAAAUAGUGAAGAAAUAAUUAGGUUUUGGUUUUAAUAGCCAGUGUUAUAUCCAAACACAGCCACUGAAUACAUUACAAAUGGCUGCUCCUGAAUUCAGUCAACAUUACUGACAACUGCCAAGCCAAUGUUGACUGAUUUCAUCUCUCUGUUUGUUUUGGCAGGUUAAAAUAGCCUUUAGUAUAAAGCACUUCAAUGAAGAAAAAUACAGAUACCCAGCUCCUCCUUUCAGUCAUUCAGUUUUAAUUCCAAUGACAUUACUCUUAGUUCUGCUUUCAGUAACUUUCUCAAUUUCCACACACUCUACUUUUCUAUCUAUAUUGUACAAGUGUUAAAGAACAACAACAACAACUUACCUUUAGAGCAGCUGGGAGGAAUUUGUACAACUGCAGGUAAGGAGGGCUAACCUUGGCUUAGGUUGACUUUAGUUUAUUGGGAUUUGUAAUUCUGUUGCUUUUCCUUCAAGAGAAGAAAUUAAAGAUGGCGGUGGGCAGUGUUAUAGGUUAUGGGAAAUGGAGUAAUUGAGGAGCUGCAAUAUAUGGUGGAUGGGCUGCAUUUUACUUGGUGAGUUACCCUGCGGAGGCUUGUGGAUGUUUUUCCCCUUAGCAUAAUGCUGCUGACAUCAACAGUUAAAUGUCACCGUACCAUAAACUUUGAUAUAUGUCCAUGUAGCUUUUUUAUGGUCAGAUUUCAGGCUAUUCCUUGGAAGAGGAGUAGAUUUAUUUCUUCACCAGUGAAUCCUGUGACUAUGAAACCAAUCCAGCAGCUAGCUUUUCCUAGUGCUAAAUGCCACUGCUACCUGUUUUCAAUCAGAAGGAAAAUAGUUUUAUUUUACUUGGAAAGUACUCCAAAGCUAUGGCCUGAGGAAGCCUGAGAUGCUCAUCAGAGGAUGAGAAAACUGACCUCAAGAGACACGAAAGAGAAAGUGACCCUUUUUAAUAUAUUGACACAUCUGAAAAUCUCUGGGCUCUGGUUCCAUCGUUUUACACAAGAAAGAUAUAUUCAGGGACAGCCAGGAAUAGUUAAACUACUACUGUGGAAAGUGGCACCCUGUUGUCAAGACCCAGGAUAGGGGAGAGGAGCUAGGGUAAUAAGCUGUUGAUAAAUUGCCAGUGGUGAAGAAGGUGUUGAUGGAUAGCUUCCCCACUGCUUACGACAAUUAGGAAGAAAGGUUAAGAGAAACUCAGGGCUGUUUCCAAAACAAGUUCUUAACAGAACCAGAAGCACAGAGCUAGCACUAGGCAGAAAGAAUACCAUAAAGAGAUGUGUAAGUCCAGAGUCUAUUGCAGAGGUCAGCUUACCUAAGCAUCUCACAUCAAGCUGAAAAAGCUUAUUUUCACCCUCUGCUGUUUAUGCUAAAGAGAAGAAACAAAAGCAGCAACAAAUCCUUUGGGAUGAUUCUGUGGCUUUGUUAACACAUAGACUUAAUGUUUGUAUGUCUGUCAUUUGUUCAAUAGUGUAAGGGGGGGGGGGAGAGAGAGAGAGACAAGGGGGAGGGGCACUUGCACCAGCCACAAUCUAGAUAGGGUGCAAAGUAGACCUUAAAGAUCAGGAAACAUUUUAUUAAGAAUGUAAGUGGUGCAAAAAACCCCCACAAAAUCUUUGGUUUGGAAAAUUAGAUGUUUUGGUAAAGGCAACAAUUCAGUUGGUUGGGCAUGCAAACAUAAGAGCAGUCCUGCUGGGUCAAGUCCAUCUCCUCCAGCUUCGUGUUCUCAUCAUGGCCAAACCAUAGGCUUCCAGGAAGCCUGCAAGCAGCGACUAAGCACAGCAACAACAGUUUCCCAGCAACAUGCAGCAUCUGACAGUGGAGGUGGGACAUGGAGAGCAGCUGGACAUCCAGAAUAACACAUUUGCAACUUUUCCUUGGUUCUGUCCUGCAACAUCACCUAGUCAAACACAUUCAACCACUUCAUACCACUGGGGCUGAUGCAACGGGGAGUGGAGAAGAUAAUCUUAUGGUCAGGCAGUGGGUAUUUUGUACCCCAACUUUUGAAUAAAUUCAUGGUUGAGCAGUAAGCAGGAGGUGCAGCGAGGAUGUGGAGUUUUAGCAGCAACACCUUUAAAAGAUUCAGUGCCAUUCUCACCCCAGAUUGUAUUACUUGCUCCCCAAAGGGGGCUAAUCCAAGAGUAAUGCUUGUUUUUGUUUGUUUAACUCCUAUACUUAUUAUUGAGGGUAGGAAGUAUCCAGACUUUCUGACCUGUGCCAUUUAUAUGAGUUUACAGCAGUGGCCCUUCUCUAAUUCUCUGGACUCGCUCUUAAAUUUAAUUCAGAGCAUCAAGUGAAACCAGAAGGGUACUUUUGACGAUUUCAUAGAAUCACUGCUUCUGUUUUUGUAUGAAGUUGUGAUUUAUUAUUCUGGCUUUUUGUCUUUGCUAUAUUUUGUAUAUGCUUGAAACUAUUUAUGGAUUAAACCAAUAUCUGUAAGAUUUGAUUGACAUACCAGAUAUGUUGUUGUCCUAGCAGCAAUCUUCAAGGACUUUCAUUGUUUGUGUGGACUAGGUUAUAAGUGCUAUUCAGGGACUACAAUAUACCUUUCUUACAUGGAUGACAAUGAUUUUUUGCAACUCUGUAUGUUACAGAAUUGAUUGGAUUAUAUUUAUAUAACUGUGUUUUUUCAGCUUUGUGAUGAUAAACUGCAGGUUAACUUGCUCUGUAUGCAAAAUGGGCUGGGUUCCUUUUAUAUAUGAUUUUAAUAGAAUUUAAUAGUUUCUAGAGGCAAGAAUUGCAUGUACAUUUUUGGGGUUAAAAACAAUAACACUUCUGAACUCGUCUGA